AUGGGGCAACGUCCGUCCAAGCACGACCGCACCAGGGGCGCAAUCCAAAUGCAAACCUACACCUCCAACACCCCCACAUACCUCAGAGAAACCGACAAAAAGGAAGUCCAAAUCGAAACCAAACUCAUCUCCUCACCACCCUCCCUCCUCACCCUUAGACCACCACCCCCAGCCCUCCUCAGCCCCUUCACAACAACCAGCUACCAACCCCCCCGCCAACGCCGAAGCAUAAAUCUAGGAAAAAGAAACAGCAAGCGAACGCUCGCCGAAGAUGAAUACCACGACACCCUCACAAGCUUCCUCCAGGAAUACAACCUCGUCUUCGUAGUCGACGACAGCACAAGCAUGCAGGACAACGGCCGCUGGCAAGAAGUCACCGACGUCCUUGCAUCUAUCGCCCCGAUCUGCGCGAAACACAGUCCCGACAAUACCGGAAUCGACAUCUACUUCCUAAACCACUACGAAGUCUCCGAUACCUCUCGAAUAGGCUUCUCAACGACCGCCAGGGGUAAUAAAGGCGGGUACACGAACCUGCAAACAGCCAGCCAGGUCAGGGAGAUAUUCGACGCCAUCGAACCGCGCGGUCCGACGCCCUUCGGCGCUCGCCUGAAUCAGCUCUUGCAGCCGUAUCUGCGACUGGUGGAGAAUAUGAGGAUCGCCUAUUACAAUUACCAUAAUAGUAUCAAUGCCGGUUCUAGCUCCACUCACAGCCCUGAUGCCAGAACCGCUGCUGCCGAGUACAAUGAGACUGAGCGACGCUUCUACGUUAAGCCGCUGUACGUCAUCGCAUUAACUGAUGGCGCGUUUACGGACGAUGCACUUAAGGAGCUCGUCCACGCGGGUAAGCGGUUGGAUAGAUGUCGCGCUGUGCCGUGGCAGCUGUAUGUGCAGUUCUUGCAGGUUGGGCAGGAUGAGGGCGCGAGGGUGUUUUUGGAGGUGCUAGAGGGGGAUUUGAAGCGGGAGCGCGAACGGGAGGGGAUGGGGAGGGAGAUGGUUGUGUUUCCCGGAAAGGAGGUGGAAUAUAAUUACAGCUACGGGAGUUUGAGUGCGGAGGGGGUGUUGAGGGGUGUUGUGAAGGCUGUUAGCAGCUGGGUUUGA